AAAAAGAUCAAUCGGAAUGAUUUGAUGUCUUUUAGCCGAUGUAAGUAGAGUUCGCAUGGCGCAGGCCGAGGGCGAGGUGAAAACGCCCAAGGAGAAGCGGCGGCAGGCGUCCGAUGGCAACCUCUCCGAGUCCAAGAGACGGUCCACUUCGAGAACUCCGGUCGAGAACGGUGGGGAUCCGGCCGAGCCGACAGGGACAGAUGUUUCCAUGGAGAGCUCUCCGGCGGGCUCGGUGAGCCGCAUCACGGAGGAUGCUCCAAGGGAUCAUCCCAUUUGGCAGGUCAGAAUCCGCCAUGAUCAGCACAAUAGACAGGUGUUCGCCAAGUUUCCUUCUGGAGACGACGGCAAAUUUGCGAAGUUCGGCGUGAGCAUCGCCAAGAGCGUUGGCAAGGAGGACGCGGAGCGGAUCCUGCGGCUCUGCGGGGCCCAGCUCCUGGAUGGGCGGCCCAGGAAGGAUGUGGAGCGGUUGCGAACGCUCCUGGCCAACCAUUGCGCCGGCAAAGACCAGGCCCUCCCGGCAGCCAUCGCCGCCUGGAAGGAAGGCGCUGCGCCUCUCGGACCAGCGCUGGAGCUCACGCGGCCGCCGGAGGAGAAGUUGGAGAGGAGGCUGUCCUUCAGGGAGCCCAAUGAGUCAAAGGAGCCAAAGGAGCCAAAGACGCCGGGGCCAAAGACGCCGGGGCUGGAGAAGGGCCAAAAGGAGAAGGAAAAGGCAAAGGAGCCGAAAGAGGCGGCCGAUGCGAAAGCAAAGGCUGAGGUGACAGAUGUCGACGUGGACUUGAACCUAGUAGAGGAUGCUCCUCCAGACCACGUUGCGCACCAAAAGGUCAGGCAUCGCCAAACCACCGGCGCAGUGGGUUUCCGGUACAAACUGGAGGAUGGCGAAGUGGCCUUCCAGACCACCAUCAGGGCCGCAGGCAGCCUGGAGGCUGCGUUACGCGUAGCCCGUGCUUGCUACCUGAAGUUUGAGCUUGGCAUGUCCAAGGCAGACGUGGAGCUGUACCGGAACGAGUUGUAUGCAAGGCUGGGUGGCAAAGCGGCCAUCCGACCCAAGGAUCCCAAUGCCCCACCGCGGGAGAGGAGGGAGAGGAAAGAGCGGAAAGAGCGGAAGGCUGGCCAGCCCAAGAAGCGCCAUGGCGAGGGGCUGCUGCGGGAGCUGCAAAGCCAGGGCAAGCUCCAGGGCGCUUUGCGGGUCUUCGGGCGCGACCCAAAGAAGAAGAAUGCCACGGUGAACGGCGUGUACCUCCCGGUGGCCGGUGGCUUCGAGGGCAGCGCGGCCUUUGAGCGGAUGAGCCAAGGCAGCGACCCCAAGCGCUUCCUCUUCUACGCCAAGGACAAAGCCAGGUGGCGGAUCAGCGAGGCUUUGGGCGACAAUCGCAACUUCGCCUUCCUCAAAGUGAAGGACGGCGGCCGGGGGCCACCUUCUGAAGCGCCGCCCGAGGCGCGGUGGUCCUUCUUCGAUGGCAAGGAGAGCGGCUGGAAGGAGGAUGCCGCAGUCCAGUGCAGAGCCGUUGAGCUCAAGGAGAAGAAGGCGCGGCCCGAGGCGAAGCCCAGACAGGAGGAGGCUUCAGCCGUGCAGGAGGAGAUCAGCUCAGACUCUGACAGCAGCAGUAGCAGCAGCGGCAAAGAGGGCGAUGACAAUGAGGAAUCUGGGGGGGAGACGGCCAGUGAAGCGGCGCCCGCACCUUCGGCAGCGCCCGGCGUUGCUGCCAAGCUGCUGGGGCGAGGCGGUUUGAGCCCGUGCAUGUGGUUCUGCGCCUCUUUACAUCAAGCUGUUGGGAGCUGGGUGGGGCAGACGCCUUCAGGAUCCCAGGCGCGCCCCCGCGCCUGCGCCAAGAUGCUGGCGCGUGCGGGCCUCCGGUGCCCCUGUCACUUCUCCUACCGGAGCGAAUGCCCAGGGGGCCCAGGUGCCCGCGGUGCAUCCUGAGUGGCCUCAGCAGGCCUCUUGGGCAAAUCCGGGCAGUUUCUUUGGAGACUUUGGAGGUGUCAGCGAGCUUGAACCCCCGAGAGCGCCUCACGUGCGCACAAGUCGUGGAUGAAUGUGGAGGGUUGACACAAAACACGGCUCUCUCUUUUU